CUUCAUUCGUCCAAGCUCUCAUGAUAACGAGAUCCAACACCCUUGUAAUUUUUUUCUUAUUUUUUUGGUCUCUUCGGAGCCCGGUCCGGCGUGAACACCUUUAGCACGUACGGUCAUUAUGGCUUCUUCCCCGCAGCCUGACCUGACUGACGGAAUCGAAUACUGGUCAUCCCAGCCAGCAAGCCUUGAUGGUGUCCUGGGAGGAUUUGGGACUGGCGCUCUACCACGCGUCGAUGCCUUGGGAUCACGCUUAUUCCUUCUUCACCUAUUCCCAGAGCUAUCUACGGUUGACUCUGCUUUCAAACCGACAAGUAAAGCACAUUUAUCCCGCCGAAUACGUGCGCUGGAUGUGGGGGCAGGUAUCGGCAGAGUCACCGCCGAUGUUCUGCUCUUCCUCGUCUCCGAUGUCUUGUUACUCGAACCGGUGACUCCUUUUAUCCAGGAAGCACUUGGGCGGGCGAGACACGCAGCCAAUACACCUCAGAAAAAUUGGCGCGGGCUAGCAGACAAAAAUACAAGCGAUGUUGAUAGCGGAUUUGACGUGAUAUGGUGUCAGUGGUGUCUGGGUCAUCUAAACGAUGCACAACUUGUUGAAUUCUUCAGACGAAGCCAUGUGGCCCUAAGAGAAAAGGACAGGGGCAGGAGCUUCAUUGUGGUGAAGGAAAAUGUGUGCUCUGAUGACGCAGAUGGCCGUCCCAAGUCUUCGUUUGAUGAUCAGGACUCGUCCUUGACGAGGUCAGACUUCGCAUGGAAAGCCGCAUUUAUGCAAGCGGGCCUGAGGCUGGUGAGAGAACAGGUCCAAGAGGGAUUACCUGAAGGACUGUAUACCGUAAAAAUGUUGGUUGUUCCUUCUUUCGCCUCCGAAACAUUCAUGCUCAUUAGAUUUUCUUAG